AUGGGAAGGCCAAGCCAGACCAGCAGUGAGGAUUCGUUUCCUCAAGACCUGAAGGUGAUGCGCGAGAGGCAAGAUUCAGAUAGCAGUGCCAGCCAGAGUAGCUGCAGCAGCGAGGUGAUGAUGCCAACCCUCCACGUUACAGCAAGUCCUGGGCGUAGCGUGGAAGUGGAAUCUGCAGACGUCAUGCAAGAGAUGCUGCCAAUUCUGGUUGAACGCGUUGCCCAGAUGGAAGUGGUAAACCAAGAAGUCUUGAGGGUGACGCCUGUGUGUCGCGCUUUAGAACGGUUUGCUAUAGCAUUGCGUGUUGGAUCUGCAGGGGACUUCUACCCUAAGAGCCGCCAGACUGAGAGGAUAUCGACAUUUUGGAGUCACUCUUGGCACGGAGGGCAUUGGAAGAAGAUCUUCGCAAUUAUCACCUUCUACAACGGCACUGCUGCAGUAUCCUUGGCAUUGUUCACCGGGGUGUUGAUGAUGGUGCUUUACAGUACUGGAACUCUCCCUGGAUUUGACCGCGGAUGGUUUGAUAAAUCCUGGCUGUGGUCUUGUUGGUCAACUUUUUCAGGGUUCGUCGUCGCGAGUUUGGCAAUGAUUCUCUGGCGGCCGCAGACUGCAGUCUUCCUCGACCGCAUCUGCAUCAGCCAACACGAUGAGAGCCUGAAGACGGAUGCCAUCCUGAGCCUGGCGGGUCUGCUGAAAAACUCAGACAACAUGCUCAUUCUCUGGGACCCAACAUGGACACAGAGGUUGUGGUGCCUCUUCGAGCUGGCCGCAUUCCUCAAGAGCAAGAAGACGCAAGAGCAGCACCUUAUAGUCAGACCCAUCUUCAUGGGACCUCUUUCAAUCCUAGCCUUCCUUACAUUCUUUGCCAUGGCAGUGGCGAUGGCAACAGCACCUGUCGACCACAUACGAACGGUCGUCACGCUGAUGGUGGCCAUUGCUUCAUCGUUUUGCGCGGUUGCGUUCCCGACUGCCAGCACUAUCCGAAGCUACUUUAGAGACUUGGACACCAUGAAGCUACAGUUGUUGUCGAUCUCUGUUGAUUCUACAAGGAGUUCGUGCUGUGACCACAACCAUACGACCCCUUCGGGCGGGGCCAUGCUCUGCGAUCGCAAGAUCGUGAAAGAGUGCGUGAAGAUUUGGUUUGGUAGCGAGUCAUCUUUUGAGGACACGGUGCGCACAGAGGUUUUGGACAUUUUGAACCGUGACCUCACCGAGAAGGUAUUCAGUACCCCAUGGGCUUUGGCUGUGAGUUCUCCACUGAUUUUGGCCUUCAUGGACGUCUCGGCCAGCUGGACUGUCGUGAAUCUGGAAUAUGAGAGUAAGCUCUGGUCUCAUCCUGCCAUUGCUCUUCUGCUCGAGGGUUUGGUGCUUUGGUUGGUGUUCGUCCCCCCUACCAAGGAUGUCCUGAUCCUUUUGCUCAGGCUUGGUCGGCGGAGACCGAGGAGUACUUGUCUUGAGCUUCUGAAGAAUGCCUUGGUCUUGGCAGCUGCAGCUGUCCCAAUUCUUCUUCUGAUCGCAGCUUAUGCCAUCACUCGAUUUGCUGACCUUGUUGUUUUCGGCACUGAGAAUGCCACUCUUCGUGCGGUAGGUUUUGCAUGCUGCACGCUGCUUAUAGCUGUGUGCAACUUCGUCGUACAACUUGGCCUGAAGGCACUGCUACGGCGGCCUGGAUGGUAA